AAGCAACCGUCCUCCUACAGAGAUCAACGCCACAUAUCGUAUAGAAGACGGUCCUCAUCGAUUGGCUGUGAUCCUGAAAAUCCCAUCAGUUUCAAUAUUGUUUUCUAUGCAAAUACGUGUUUCCAAAUUUGGACAUCAAUCCGGGAGGCAUGGAGAAACCGAAAAAGGAUAAGAUAGAAAUGGAUAAAUUGGUGGAAGAGAGUGAAAUUUUAGACAAACUGUCCCCGACGGGUGGAGAGGAAAAUCAAAAUCUUCAAGUGCCCGGUACUGGACAGUCCUACGGAAGUACCCUAAGUAUCGGACCAGAAGCCUCCACCGCAAAUCUACUGAGGAUUGACCUGGAAAAGAAAAUAAGCAGACAUACUGGCGAGGAGCGGGAGUCCUGGGACAGCAGGGCUGAAUUCCUUCUGUCAUUGAUUGGGUAUGCCGUGGGGCUGGGUAAUGUUUGGAGGUUCCCGUAUUUGACUCAGAAAAAUGGAGGAGGUGCAUUUCUAAUCCCAUAUGCGGUGAUGCUAGCAAUAGAAGGGGUCCCACUGUUUUAUUUAGAACUUGCUAUUGGACAGCGCCUGCGCAAAGGAUCAGUCGGUUCUUGGAACCAAGUCUCCCCUUAUCUUCAGGGCCUUGGUUUGGCCUCGGCUGGAGUCUCCUUCAAUGUAGCUCUUUACUAUAACACAAUCAUGGCUUGGUGUAUGAUAUAUUUGGUUCAAAGUUUCCAAAGCCCUUUACCCUGGUCCGAAUGUCCAAUGAUUCUAGAGGCAAAUUCUUCAGUGAGGGAGCCGGAAUGUGAGAGAAGUGGCCCAACGACUUAUUUUUGGUAUCGUGAAACCCUGAACAUAGCACCAUCAAUAGAGUCGACAAGCGUUCUGAACUGGAAACUGGCCGUCUCUCUUCUGGUGGCCUGGAUUAUCGUGUAUCUGUGUAUGGUCAAAGGGAUCAAGUCAUCCGGAAAAGUUGUGUACGUUACAGCCACCUUUCCGUACCUCGUUCUUAUAAUAUUCUUUUUUCGUGGGAUAACAUUACAUGGAUUUGAUAGAGGGCUAGAGCAUUUAUUUGUCCCAGAGUGGAGCAAGCUUUUUGAUCCGGAGGUGUGGUUGGACGCAGCUACCCAGAUUUUUUAUUCCUUUGGUCUAGCCUUUGGCUGCCUCAUUGCUUUGUCCUCCUAUAAUCCGAUCCGGAAUAACUUUGUCCAGGAGGCCCUGAUCGUUACUGUAGCAGAUUUCUUCACCUCCAUUUUUACAGCAUGUGUUGUUUUCUCCAUCUUGGGUUUCAAAGCAACUAUGACAUAUGAAGAUUGUCUUAAACGAGCUGAGAAUAUUACUCAAGUGAAUGGAACAAAUACAGUUUGUGAUUUCAAAACCAUAAUAUCAGAGUCUGGAUCUGGAACUGGAUUAGCCUUCAUAGCGUUCACAGAAGCCAUCAACCAGUUCCCUAUCGCCCCACUGUGGUCAGUUCUAUUCUUCCUCAUGCUCUUUACACUGGGAUUGGACAGUAUGUUUGGCACACUAGAGGGCGCUCUAACAUCAAUCAAUGACAUGAUGCUGUUUCCAAAACUCAGAAAAGAAAUACUGUGUGGUAUUGUCUGUCUGCUGUCCUUUGUGGUGUCACUGUGUUUCGCCACCAGCACCGGUUCAUAUGUCUUCAGUCUCUUCGAUUCAUUCUCAGCCAAUAUACCUCUAUUGAUAAUAGCAUUCUCAGAAUUAAUAGCCAUGUCUUAUAUAUAUGGUUUGCAAAGGUUGUGUGACGAUAUAGAACUGAUGAUCGGAAGUCGCCCUGGCUAUUUUUGGCUCCUGUGUUGGCGUUUUGUUGGGCCGAUCGCUAUGGUUAUUAUUUUCGUUGCUAGUCUUAUAGAAAUUUUCUCAAAAGGAGUCAGCUAUGAAGUAUGGAACUCAUUAAAGGGGUAUACAGAAGUGGUGCCGUGGCCCUGGUGGUGCCAGCUGAUAGCUGUACUGCUGAUUCUAUCAUCCGUAUUGUGGAUUCCCGUGGUAGCUAUUGUGAAGUACUUCCGGUGUAUAGAGUGGAAAGAGGAAGUACCGGCUUACUUCCCGGAGGAUGAGCUGAGCGAAGAAAGACAGAUUCGGCCACACAGUAGUAACAAACUCGAGAAGGUUCUAUUUGGAUUUAAGUAGGAACAUAUGGAAUUCUAUGUGCACUAUUCUUAUAGUUCGAUACCAGCAACGAAGCAUACUAGUCAAUGAACCGUAUUCAUAAGUAGAGAACUUACAACUCAGCGUCAGAGUCCCUGUCAUAGUGUUUAUAGGAAAAGGGGUGCAACAACGAGAUGAGGUGCAGAGUGUCAACUGUUUGAUUUGAAUCAGAAAAAAAUAACAACAACCCACUCCUUAUCAGUUUGUUUUAAUUCAUCAACAGAAAAAAGUAACAAAUAGGGUUAAGUCUCUAUCGAUAAUAUUUGUAUUAUGUAUUGGACAGUCGGCUUGUGAAGCUUCCGGAGUUUGUGCGUGAUAGGUUUCCUUUUUCAGAUGCUGUACGCAGGUUGGUUGUACUGUUGAAUAAAUUCCUGCUGCUUCUA